AUGGCGACCCAACACCAGCUUCAUGUGGUGAUGUUCCCUUGGCUUGCACACGGCCAUAUAACACCCUUUCUAGAGCUGGCCAAGAGCCUCCUCUCAUAUGAAUUGAGAAUUUCCUUUGUCUCCACUCCGCUAAACAUUGCACGGAUUAAAAAGAAGAUAGUGCCUGGAAUUGAGCUGGUUGAGCUCCCAUUGCCAUCCGUAGACGGCCUGCCCGUAGGCGUUGAGUCCACCGCAGGUUUAUCCGAGAUAGGAAGAACAGACUUAAUACCGCUGCUCUUCCAAGCCGUAGAUCUUUGCGAACAGCCCUUCGCGACAUUGCUGAAACUGCUUUCCUCGGAUUUUGUCAUACAUGAUACGACGCUGUUCUGGACUCCUCGGGUUGCCGCGAAGCUGGGCAUUCCAACAAUAAAUUUCACGGGGAUUAGCAUGACAUCCUUGAGUUUCGUAAUGGGUCAGCACAGGCACGGACUGCCCGAAAUCCCCACGGCCAGCGAUCUCUGUGCACUGCCACUGGGAUUCCCCUCUGAGGUCGUCCGCAACCGACUCUUUGAAGCGCGGAAUCAGCUGCCGUUGUAUCAAAAGAAGCAACAUGGUAUUUGUGAGGGCCUCAGCUUCGUGGACCGCCAUUGUGUCUCUGUGGAGGAAAGUUGGGCAACGGCUUGCAAUACUUGCCUAGAGUUGGAAGGCAAAUUUGUGGACUAUUUUCAGAGAAGCACCGGGUGGUUAAUGUUUCCCGUGGGUAUUUUAUUGCAGAGCCUCCCCCUGCGGCCAGCUGCAGAGCCAUGUGUAAGGGGCUGCUGUCUCGGGGAGACCAGUAUGCUUCUGGGGUUGCGAAGGUUCAUGGUGGAGAAAUCCAAGGAGGACCAAAACAGCAUUCCAGCAAGCAAAGGUGUUCAGAGCGAUUGCAGAGCAGAGGUUCUGGAGCUUGGGAGUGCUUACAGGCGUAGUCCAAGUUCUUGGAAGUGCUUGGAUCUCACAGACAAGUACCUAAAAGAUCGUCGGUGCCGCACGGGAAAACCUAGCCCCGUGAUAGUUGGUAUCAGAGCACAAGGUUUUGAUACCCCAAGCUAG